AUGGAUUGUGAAGGAAAAUUUUCCUAUAUUGCAGAUUUUUUUGAGAAACCCCAAACCGUUAAGGAUGAAAGGAGUCCUCCACCUCCGCCACCUGCAUCCAAACAUCCAGCGGAUUAUGAAACGGCCAUAAAAGCAACAGGAUUUGGCCGUUUUAAUAUACUUUUGCUACUGGCAACAUUUCCAGCCAUGAUGGCGGGGGUUAUUGAAACAGCAGUAAUCUCAUUUAUAUUGCCCAGUGCGGAAUGUGACCUAGACUUGAGCCUAAUGGAUAAGGGCAUUUUGAAUGCCAUCACAUCAUGUGGAAUGAUUGUAUCUUCCCUGGGUUGGGGUUAUCUAGCCGAUACCAAGGGACGCAAAGGCAUUAUGGUAUGGGGCUGUUUGUCGAAUGUCAUAUUUAUUCUAUGGUCGGCAAUGAGUCAAAGUCGAAUUCAGCUGAUGAUUGCGAAAUUCUUUUCGGGCUUUAUAAUUUGUGGCCCCUUUUCGGUGCUUGUACCCUAUAUAACCGAAUUCCAUGGUUGUGAUUAUCGUUCUCGCAUUAUGAUGAUUUUUGGAACAUUGAUUUCAGCUGCUGCCAUUAUGUUACCCGUCAUGGCCCUAUUGAUCUUGCCAAAUGAUUGGAAUUUUGCAUUUUGGAAUAUGGAAUUUAACUCAUGGAGAAUAUAUUUGGCCGUGUGUGGUAUACCAUGCCUUUUGGGCGGUCUAAUAUUAUUAGCAUUUCCAGAAACACCACGUUUUCUAAUGACCAAGGGCAAGAAUGAAGAAGCUUUGGAAGUUUUCAAAACCAUGUACUCAAUGAACACAAAAUGUCCCAAAGAAACAUAUCCGAUUUCCAAACUUCAAAAUGAUUUCAAGACCCAAAACACAAAACAUGAUAAUGUGGAAGUUACAGGUAUCACAGAAAUAAAUGUGACUGAAAAAGUUUCUCUAGAAGAAAAUCAAAGAGGACCAUUUCAACUUUUAUUCUCACAACCCUUUAUAAGUUUGACAAUUCGUGUAUUUCUAUUGAAAUUUUUUAUGUUGUUGGGAAAAAAUACCUUGCGCUUAUGGUUGCCCCAGUUGUUUGCCUCACUAAAUGAAUACAAACAAAUUUCAUCUGAUGUCACCAGUCUCUGUACAAUAUUGGAAUAUAGUGUCAAUAAAACAGAGAUUACAACAAAUCCCCAAGAAGUCUGCACAGUGAUCAUAACUCCUUCAACAUAUACCAAUAAUAUUGUGGUGAGCUGUGUUGUUUGUGUGGCGUUUAUAGCUGCAGGAACUCUUAUUAAUAAGGUGGGAGACAAGAUAAUGCAAGUUUUUACCUUAUCGAUUUGUGGUAUCUGUGGACUUACACUAUACUGGUCAUCGUCUACGACAACAACGCUAAUUAUUACUUCAACUUAUAUUAGUAUGGGUACCAUUGCAAUGACAGCAUUAAUUGGAACUUGUGUGAAUUUAUUUCCAACAUCAUCCAGAACAAUAAUUGUAUCCGCAUCAAUGUCGUGUGGUCUCAUUGGCACCAUAUUGGGUAAUGUUUUAUUUCCGAUAUUCAUGUCGCUGGGUUGUAUACCGCCAAUUGCUAUGCUUGGUGGCGUAAUGUUUUUCUCCGCAAUAUUGGCCUACUCUCUGCCUAGUACUAAGAAAACGGAACUUAAAUAA